GACACCAACGUUCUGUUGUUUGGUAUUAUCCCUAAGAGCAAGCGUCACGCCGUGAGAACGUAUCAUCUAGCUUGACCAAACUUCUUGGUCAUUUAUAACUUCGAAUUCUGGAAAAUAUAUACGGUGUGCUAGGAGAAAAUGCCAACGGUAAAUCCCCUCGACACACUCGCCAUCAAGAACGUGCUAUCGCGCUACUGCGAAGCCCUCGAUACCAAGAUCUUCGACCUCCUUGACAAGGUAUUCGUCCAGGAUGUGGCCGCAGAUUAUCCUUUCAGACAGAACAUGAAAGGCGUAGAUGCCGUCAGAUCGGCUAUACAGCAGCGUUUGGGGCCUAUUCGAACUCAGCAUGCUCUGACUACGCAAACGAUUGUGUUUGGAGAAGAUGGGAAAACCGCGAAUUCAGUCACGUAUUUCACGGGGUCGCAUUUCGGUCAGGGUCCCCACGAGGGCAAGGUUCUGACUGCACAUGGGCGAUACGUGGACGAACUCGUCUGUGGAGCUGUUAAGGAUGGAGACUACGAGGGUGUACCGGGUGCGAGCGGAAUCUGGAGGAUCAGUAAGAGGACGGUUCUGUUCACUGCUAGGGUUGGAGACGAGACCAUUAUGGCUGAGUAUUAAGAUUGGGUAUAAUUACUCUUUUAACAUUACAAUAAUACUGCGGAAACAAGUC